CAAAAGUUUGUUUGAUAACAGUGCCAGUUGUGUAAAGAUUGUUUUCUGAAAAAAAAAUAACGAUAAUGUAAUUUUGGUUUUGUUCCAAUACAUUACAGUAAUAAUCAAUUUAGUUUACGUUCAAUCAAUGUGAUAAAAUCGUGGAAUCGGAUACGAUUAUGACCACACUGCCGACUGAAAGUAAAGUGCCCAAAGUCCGGUGCACUGUGUGCCGCGAGGAGCACCUCAAAAAGGAACUGCAGCAACACCGACAGGUGUUCCCAGCGAACCGAGCCGUGUUCCGGUGUUCCACCUGUGAUGGGGACUAUCUUAGCAAGGAGGAAUUGUGGGAUCACCAGGAUCUUUGUGCGGCUGCGGGUGAAACUGAAAAGCCGACUUAUAAGGAAGUGAAAGCUAGUUGCAAACUGUACAAAUGUUUACUGUGCACCGGUCAACGUGUAUACCAAGAGAGUGCCUACUGGGAACAUCUUCACGAAUGUCACGAUGGAUGCAACGAAGGGUUUGGUAAGAUCAGAACUAAAAGUGCUUCGCCAGCAGAGGAGCUAGUUGCCACCAUCAAAUGCGAGUGUCCCGUUUGUGACCAUGUUUUGCCUGAUUGGAAUCUGUUAUCAAAACACAUGGAAACUGAUCAUCAGAUGAUCGUAUGCAGUAUUUGUACAAUGGUCUUCAGCGAUGACUAUGAACUUCAAGCUCACAAGUGUUCCACCCAAUCUGGAUCUUUGCACAAUGUUCGACGUACAACAAAUUCAGUUCUGAAUUCGAGGAAUAAUGGUGGAAGUAGCAAAGAGUCUGAUCUCGAAGAUCUUUUCGAUUCACACCAUAACGUGAAUACAACUAUCAAAAUGGAAAUCUCAGUUGAAGAAACAGAACUACAUGGUCAGGAAAACCAUAGCGAUAGAACACAUCUAUCGGAAGAUCUCAAGUACAACGAGAAAAUAAUAAUGGAACAGGGAAUCAAUGUUAAGGAAGAACCUCUGGAAGAAGAUGAUCUCAUUGAACCCAUGGAUUCGGAAGACUCCUCACAGUACGAGAAGGAUCCCAGCAAAUGCAAUAAAGACUAUCAGGGGAACUCGUCCAAAACGAAAGCGUGCAAGUUUUGUGGUCUUAAAUUCCCUAGUGAUACUAGAAUGAGAUACCACAGGAUGAUUACCCACACGAAUCCCCGAUACAAGUGUUCCAAGUGCCCAAAGGUAUUCCAUGUCAAGCAUAUGCUAGCGCGCCAUGAAACAACGCACCUGCAACAGGAGAACAUUACGUGCAGUCUGUGUUCCGAAACCUACCGCAAUGAGUUGCGUUUGCAGCGGCACCUCAACUGUGACCAUUCAGUGCCAUGUGAUCUGUGCGAGCUCAGGUUUACCACAAGUACCAUAGCGGAUCGACAUAAGAGAAAACAUCAUAAAGACAGCUUUCCAAAGGAUAAGUGGAGAAGAGUGAAGAUUCCAGGUGCGGGUCCGAAACCCCCGGUCUGGAACCAAAAUCAGCUGCAGGAAGCGAUAACGGCCGUCGUUACGCAGCAAACUGGCAUUAGCCAGGCCAGUAAGCAGUACAACGUACCGAAAGGGACCCUAUACGACAAUAUCCUAGGAAAGGGCAAUCGAAUGGCCAUUCUUCACGAGCUGGUGCUUAGCGAGAAUGAGGAAGACGCCAUUUUGAAUUUUGCCUGUUCGAUGUCGCACAAAACGCACAGCAAGCGAACUAAACAGUCCUUGAGCAGCAUAUUAGACUUUAUGAGUCGGUUCGGAUGUUUCCAGGAGAAAGCCGAACGGUUCAAGUUUGGUGGAAUUGCUGCUUUUCAGUGGUGGUGGGCUUUUUGUCGGAAACACUCGAUCGAUCCUCCGCGGUCACUGUCUGAUGGCCGCAGAAGGGGAAAAUUCGAUGAAAUGGGUAGUGGUGGAGAUGUUUUAAUUUGAGGCUAUUUUGUCUUAAAAAAUAAUGAAGUGGCAGGUAUUGGUAUUUCAAUCUACAGAGACGAAUGAUAGUAAUAAUACCAUGGCAUAUCUAG